CAUAGCAAUCUAGCAUUGCUCAUUACCUUGCCAUUGCUGCUUAGUAGCAGCUCGCUUUCCCUCCCUCCUUCACGCUAACCCCCAGCGCUAUUAUUUCUGCUCAGCGCGUCGAGAUUCGAGCCGCGAUGCAGAUCUGCGUCAGUCGUACGCCUCAAUCGGCGUUGGUGUCACCAGUCCGUGACACCAUCGCUUCCAAAUCUCAUAAUCUCCGUGCACCCCUAAUCAACCGGUCCGCACCUUCAGCUAAGCCGCUACUGCUGCUUCGUUCAUCACAAUGUCGUCCCCGCCGCUUGCGGCGGCACGCGCAUUUUGCCCCUCUCCGCGCACCCCAUCGCGUUCCCAGCUCGUUAUGUGCUCCACUCGUUAUAAGGACCACGAGCCAGCGCGCUCUCCGGUCCGUUCACAUUACGUCAGCAGCCCAAAUUGAUGGAACGAAAGCGGCGGAUGUAGCGGGAGCGGAUGCAGCGCAAGUUUACGUGACCGAGAAAACCGAUUCUGACGCACACGCUCCGACUCCAGCCGCUUCCGCCUGGCAAGCAUUUUCCGCCGCGUUUUCCGGCGAGUGGGCGGGAUACUCCGUGGACUUCUCCCGCUUCGGCCACCCCUUAGAGCUCCCGCAGUCCGUCGUCCCCGAGGCGUUCCGCGACUGGGGGCUGGCGCAACUCGCCUGGCAGGCGCAGACGUCCAGCGCCGCCCGCGGGGAGAGCCUUGGCCGCGGGGAUGCUCGGGUGCAGUCGUCGUUGGUGCGGUACGCGCCUGCUGCGGGGUGCGAGGCGGCGUCUCCGCCCAAGUACAGCGUGGAGAGGACGGCUCUGGAACUAGCUGCUGGUGGUGCUGAUGGUGAUAGUCGAAGCAGCAGUGCUGGAAGCACAGGUGCCGCGGACACCGCAGCUGCUGAUGACGUGUUUGCGUUCACAGCGGACGGUUCAUAUCUGCUCGUCCGAGCUGGCCAGCCCUCCUCCAUGCCCGCUCCUGCCAGCGUGGACGCCAUGCGGGUCACACAGUGGGUGCCACGUGGCAGUGACGCCGAAGGCCGUGAAGCUACCGAAGGUGAUUCAAACGAGGGGAUCAGCAGCGUGGCAGGAGGGCCGUUUCAGGUGGAGCAUUGCUUGGCUAUGGAGGGCGUGGAAGCUGCGAGUGGCAGGGGAAGAGUGAGAGUGCGGGUCGUGCAGCAAUUUCUACCAGCCAGGGGAGCAGGCGUGCCGCGGAUUGCCAGCCUGGCACUGCACAGGGAGAAGUGGGUGGAGCCGUUUUCGGGCGGCGCUGAGCUGGCAGAUGGUGCGGCACUGUUCAGUUCGGAAAUGAUUGAGGAGGGGGAGGGGAGUGAGGUGGUGAGAGAGGGGAGGUUAAAGGGGAUUGAGGGGAGGUGGGAGGUGACAGCAAGAGAAGCCCAGUUGCCCACCGCUCCAGCCAUCUCACCAUCGGUUCUUGCCGUGGAGCUAGCUGGCUCAACCCUUAAGGAGCUGUCAAGACAGAUGGAGGCCUCAGCUGCGGAGGAUGGGACGCUCAUGCUGCUGCCAGAGGGCGUUUGGAGUCACGUGCAACCAUCAGAAGAAGGCUCGUUUUCUGCAGAGGUUGGGUGGUUGUUCUCGUCCAGCCAGGGGAUAGUAUCUCGUGUUCACUUCGACCAAUCAGGAAGAGCAAAGAGUGCAUCUAUCUCGAUGGAGAGGACACUUAAUGCAUUUAUAAUGCAGUAGCUGAAUGCAUUUAUAAAUUAAGAUACGGUAUCAUUUUUAGCUACGUUGAUAUGCAUGCCGACGUGUUAUAUUCGUGUAGUUAUUCACAUACGGGUAAAUGCCAGUUAUUGCGGCUAG